AUGAUUUGGAAGAUAAAAAAGAAGCAGUACAGUGAUGAUGUUCAGAGUGGCAUGGGGAUCAUCGCAUUUCGGUACACCGAUUUACAGUAUGCAACAAAAAAGUUCUUAGAGAAGUUGGGGGCCGGCAGUUUUGGUUCAGUAUUCAAGGGUUCGCUGAGUGACUCGACAGCCAUAGCAGUGAAAAGGCUUGAUGGAGUCCGCCAAGGGGAGAAGCAAUUCAGGGCUGAGGUGAGCUCAACCGGAGUCGUCCAGCAUGUCAACUUGGUUAAACUGAUUGGCUUUUGCUGCCAAGGUGACAGGAGGUUACUUGUGUACGAGUACAUGCCCAAUGGCUCCCUGGAUCACCAUCUCUUCCAAAGCAAUGGCAUGGUGUUGGAUUGGGCUACCAGGUACAAAAUAGCCCUUGGGGUUGCCAGAGGACUAGCCUAUCUGCAUUCAAGUUGUCGGGACUGCAUCAUACACUGUGAUAUCAAACCAGAGAACAUACUUCUAGAUGGGUCUUUCACCCCUAAGGUUGCGGACUUUGGAAUGGCCAAACUUCUGGGAAGGGACUUCAGCCAGGUCGUUACUACCAUGAGAGGAACCAUUGGAUACCUUGCUCCCGAAUGGAUUGGCGGAACUGCCAUCACAUCAAAAGUUGAUGUUUACAGCUACGGGAUGGUUUUGUUAGAGAUUGUAUCGGGCAGCAGGAAGUCCAGCAAGCAAGCAUCCUCCCAAGAUGGUGCUCAUGAAGGAUGUUUUCCGGUGCGAGUUGCGCGCAGUCUUGUUGAGGGAGACGUUGCAAGUCUGGUGGAUGCGAAAUUGUUGGGCGAAGCGAAAUUGUUGACCGACGAUGAGUGAGGUGGUGCAGUUUCUCGAGUGUCUGUCUGAAGUUGAGACGCCUCCAGUGCCAAGGUUACUUCAAGCUAUUGCAGGACAGCAAAAUCCGAAGAUAAUAUAGUUGCUAAGUUUGGUUUCUGCUUAAAUCUUCCUUUUUACAUGGUAGUUGAGCCUACUGCUUUUCCUUUGUGUACUACUCUUGUAAUUUGGUCUCCCCAAACAGGCUGUGAAAGCUACUACUAUGCUAACCUUAAGAUUCAGUUAAGGCCUGGCUACAUUUGGGCUCAGGAAGAAUUACGUUGCUCUGCUCAC